CUGCUGAUUCUCUCGCCCCGGCAGAACAAGCCGCCCGACUGAAGAAGCUGCAGGAGCAGGAGAAGCGGCAGAAGGUGGAGUUCAGAAAGAGGAUGGAGAAGGACGUGUCUGAUUUCAUCCAGGACAGCGCGCAGACCAAAAAGAAAUUUCAGCCCAUGAACAAGCUUGAACGCAGCAUCCUGCACGACGUGGUGGAAGUGGCCGGUCUGACGUCCUUCUCCUUCGGUGACGAUGAGGAGAGUCGUUACGUCAUGAUCUUUAAGAAGGUGAGC